AAGUUUGCAAAAUUCACAGAUAAACUCAGUUUUAAUUUCUGCCUCAAAUACAACCGGUUGUGUGGAUGCCUAGUGUUCCUGUGCUGUUCUAAAAUUUAACGUGUGUUUUUGUGCUCCGGUGCGGACAGAGAGUUCCAUCAUGAGCGCUUUAUUGAAAGUGGCUACCUCUCGUAGCCCUGCCUCGCUGGCUACAUAUUUGUAUAGGAACCUUCACUUGUCGGUGGGUGGCGCUAGGGCUACUAAAGAUGAAUCUGUAAACACGAAUACAUCAAAAGCUUAUAAUGUUAUUGAUCAUCAACAUGAUGCUCUGGUUAUUGGUGCGGGAGGUGCAGGUUUGCGGGCAGCUUUCGGUCUUGUGCAGGAAGGAUUUAAGACAGCUGUUGUGACAAAACUAUUUCCGACUAGAUCACACACUGUUGCUGCACAGGGUGGAAUCAAUGCUGCUUUAGGUAACAUGGAAGAUGACAGUUGGCUAUGGCAUAUGUAUGACACAGUUAAAGGUUCUGAUUGGCUUGGUGAUCAGGAUGCAAUUCACUACAUGACAAGAGAAGCUCCACAUGCUGUUAUUGAAUUAGACAACUAUGGAAUGCCUUUCUCUCGCACACCUGAAGGUAAAAUCUAUCAGAGAGCUUUUGGAGGACAAUCACUUAAAUUUGGUAAAGGCGGCCAGGCUCAUAGGUGCUGUGCUGUGGCUGACAGAACUGGACAUUCCUUGCUGCAUACAUUGUAUGGUCAGUCUCUGAGAUAUGACUGUGAGUACUUCAUAGAAUACUUUGCCCUUGACCUGCUGAUGGAGGAUGGUGUAUGCAAAGGAUGUAUUGCUCUCAAUCUUGAAGAUGGAACACUACAUAGGUUCCAAGCAAAGAACACGAUCCUGGCGACGGGCGGCACGGGGCGCUCCUACUUCAGCUGCACGUCCGCGCACACCUGCACCGGCGACGGCACCGCCAUGGCCGCGCGCGCCGGCAUGCAGAACGAGGACAUGGAGUUUGUGCAGUUCCAUCCCACUGGUAUCUACGGCGCGGGGUGCCUGAUGACGGAGGGGUGCCGCGGCGAGGGCGGGUUCCUGGUGAACGCGAAGGGCGAGCGCUUCAUGGAGCGGUACGCGCCCGUCGCCAAGGACCUCGCCAGCCGCGACGUCGUCUCCCGCGCUAUGACCGUCGAGAUCAUGGAGGGUCGCGGGUGUGGUCCGGACAAGGACCACGUGCACCUGCAGCUGCACCACCUGCCGGCGGAGCAGCUGCGCCAGCGCCUGCCCGGCAUCUCGGAGACGGCCAUGAUCUUCGCGGGGGUGGACGUCACCAAGGAGCCUAUCCCCGUGCUGCCCACCGUGCACUACAACAUGGGCGGCACGCCCACCAACUUCAGAGGAGAGGUGAUAACCCACCACAACGGCGAGGACCGCGUGGUGCGCGGGCUGCUGGCGGCGGGCGAGGCGUCGUGCGCGUCCGUGCACGGCGCCAACCGCCUCGGCGCCAACUCGCUGCUCGACAUCGUCGUCUUCGGCCGCGCCUGCGCACUCACCGUCGCCAGCACCAGCCGCCCGGGAGACGCACAGGCGCCGCUUAAAGAUUCGACGGGUGAAGCGAGCAUCGCCAACUUAGACAAGAUCAGAUACGCCAACGGCAGCAUCUCCACAGCGGACCUGCGCCUGCGCAUGCAGCGCUGCAUGCAGACCAACGCAGCAGUAUUCCGACAGAAGAGCACCCUGGAAGAAGGUCAACGUCAGAUCCACGAGAUCUACAAGCAGAUGUGUGAGCUGCGCGUGUCCGACCGCUCGCUGAUCUGGAACUCUGACCUGGUGGAGACGCUGGAGCUGCAGAACCUGCUGCUGAACGCGGUGCAGAUAGUGGAGGGCGCGCUGGCCCGCGAGGAGUCGCGCGGCGCACACGCCAGAGAAGACUUUAAGACGCGACGUGAUGAAUAUGACUACUCCAAACCACUCGAUGGACAGAGCAAGCUGCCGUUCGAGCAGCACUGGAGGAAGCACACGCUGGCGGAGACAGACCCCGCCAGCGGCGCCACCACGCUGUCUUACCGGCCUGUCAUCGACAGCACGCUGGACGCGAGCGAGUGCGGCACCGUGCCGCCCGUCAUACGCACAUACUAGAACAUACAUAUUAGUAUUGUUUCAGGUAAUCUCCGAACGGGUGCUGACUGAGCUAAGCAGUAUUUAACAACACGAAGGCAAAGAGUUUGUGUUCAUCUCAGAUAUUAAUUAUUUAUAACAUAAUUUAUUUUAGAUAAGAUCGCUUAGCGUUAUAAAUUCAUGAUUUUAAAACAAAACUACACUCAACAUAUACAAAAAUAAAAAAUGUUACCUCAAAAAUAUUACUCAUAGUUUUUUAAAUGUUUGACAGCAUUUAUUUCCAUAGUCAGCACCAAGCAGUACUUAAAUAGGGAUUUUUAAUUAUUUAAAAACUAAAAGUCAUACAAAAUACAGAUUCUUGCUGCUCAAGAACUCACCUACCUCAGUACAGUCACAAUUUAAAACACGUCUCUGAUCGAACGCAGCUCGCGAAAUGACGAUAAAAAGCAUCUAAAUGUACCGCAAAUCAUUUUGUUAACAGUUUUUACUUUAUGAAAUUAUAUAAUUAAUUAUGUACAAUCGAUUAUGUAGAAUAUAAGGAUAAUGAUGUAAAACAACUGUGAAUAAAUGAACUGAUGUAAAUGUU